CCCUGUGCAGAGCUGCACACCCGGCAGAGCAGGGGCUGUGCUGCACCCUGACCCCAGCCCAGCUGCAGGAAGGAGCUCCCUGUGCUCGGGUUGGGAUGAGCGUGGUUUGGCUGUGCUGCAGGUGACGGGCGGGCUGCUGCCUGUGCCCUGCACAGCCUUAUCAGUGCUGGGAGUUAAUGUGUAACCUGCCCGUGUUUGGUUAGCACAGAAAAGCAAAGACGUGCUGGGAUAGACGUGACCAGGACGAGGAUUUGGGCAGCGGGGGACGUCGGACAUCCUGCUGUGCUGUCCCAGCCCGCACCACAGCCCGUGACAUGCCUGGAAAGGACCUGGGGCUGGGCAUGGCUGCCUGCAACUCAGACAGCUGUGACAGCAUGGUCAGCACAGCCUCCAACCACUCGCAGCAGAGUGAUAACAGCUAUGACUAUUUAUCUGUGGAAGAGAAGGAGUGCUUGAUGUUCUUAGAAGAAACCAUUGGCUCAUUGGAUGCAGAAGCAGAUAGUGGGGUUUCAACUGAUGAGACUGACUAUGCAGAGGCCUCCCAGCUGCCCAGGGCACGGCUGAAGAGAGACUCUGCUCCCCAGGAUUUGGAGAAGAGGGAUCCUCCUGAAAGGUCAGCUCAGCAGCAUGCAGCCGACCAGAAGGGCGCCGAGGGCUCCUCUAGCUUCCCAAGCUCAGCUCCAGCAAUGGCACCAAGCCCAGGCUACCACAGCCUUCCUAGGAACAUCACUGCAGCAAAUGCACAAAGAGCAAACAGAGCUGAUGGCAAAACAGAUGUGCACACCAUGCAGGACCCGGUGCCACUGGGUAAAUCUCCACAGGAGAUGGGCAAGGAGGGCAGGCUUGGCCAAGGUAACAUGAGAAGAGAGGUGAGAUCCCUGAUCAUCCCACCUCCAGCUCCCUUCCAGGACAACCAGGAGAGCCAUACAGAGCAGUCACGAAGCAAUGGCUCAGAUGCUGGAAAAGACAAUGCAGAGGAGAGUUGGACACGGCCCCGUCCAGCCCUGGGAAUGGCUGCUGACCCCGAUCCCACAUCACUGCCACACCAAGAGAUGGGCCAGGAGAGCGCAGCGCUUCCUCAGAGCCAAGCGGAGCACCCAGCAGCACAGGAGGUCCCGCAGGGCCCCGAAACCAAGCGUGGGCCUCCCACAGCCCCCAAACCACGAAAACUGCCACCAAACAUUAUCCUGAGAACCAGCAAAGCCAGCCCAGUGCCGCUCGGUGCGGAGCACGGGCAGAAGGUGAAGGUACCACCGCCAUCACCCGCCGGUUCUGCUGGAGACACUGCUGCAGAAAAGCAGAAUUCAGGGCAGCACGACCCCAAGGAGAGAGAAAAGGCCCGGCGGGAAGCCCUGGAGAAGCUGGGGCUGCCACAGGACCUGCAGGAGCCCUGCACCCAGCCCAGCCCUGUGCCACCUCCCUGCAAUCAGGGCCAGGAGGCACAGAGCACAGCCCCGGCGGGUCGGGCCAUGAACUUCAAAUCCAACACCCUGGAGCGCUCCGGCGUAGGGCUGGGCAGCUGCAUGGCCAAGGAGCCGGGCGUCAAGGGCAGCGGCUCGCUGGGCAAGAUGUCCUUCAUCGAGCGGCUGGCACCCAGCUUCCUGCGCAGCAGCAGACCACGGCCCGCAUCCCUCGGGGCAGGGAAGGACUUUGCUGCACUGAAGGAGCCCACCGAGGUGGAGAAGAGCAGCAAGAAAAGAUUGAGCCCGCUGCCCAGCUUCCCCCGGCCGACCCGCUCCUGUGUCAGCGUGAAGAUUUCCCCCAAGGGUUCAACAGAGGAGCACCGGCGUGAGGCACUGAGGAAGCUUGGCCUGCUGAAGGAGUAGCGUUGGGCGAGAGCGAGGAGCACAGCCUGCAAGCCUGCGUGGUUCUGCUGGAUGAGCACCUGCUGCUGGGGCAGCUCGGGGGGCAAACACGGGGCCUGCUGCUCGUGGAGUCACUCAGGGCAUCGUGCCUAAUAAAGUAGUGCCACUUGUAUAGGAUGUUUUGUACACAGCCAGUGUGUGGCUGGGGCAUGAUCUACAGAAUCAUUAAUGCAUUUAGGGGCUGUCACGAAGGGGAAGCUGCAGGUUUGGCUUGCUUUAAAAGGGGCUGCCUA